CUAUUUAUACUUGUUUACUUGAUUUUUAUGUAUAUUGAGCACAAAAAUGGUAGUUUAACAACAAUGAUGCAGUUAUAUAAUGGCUAAAGACUGAAUUUGUUGAUGAAAUUGUGUGAUGGUUCCGCGUUAAAAGUUUAUCAGGAACAUCAGGAAGCAAACUAUAGAAAUCAAAAACAUAAAAUCGAGUAAUAUGGCUUCAAAUAGCCCGGCAACUGUUGUGCCCUCGAACGCUAGUGCUAGCAAAGCUAAAUCUGCCCAACCGCAACUACAGCAGCCGCAACAACAACCAACAAUCAUAAUCAGCCGCGACAUUUUGGACGAUCUGGGCAGCCGAUUCAUCAUCAAUGUUCCGGAGAACGAACGACAGAAUCUGAUUCGAGUCUGCUUCCAGAUUGAAUUAGCUCACUGGUUCUAUUUGGACUUCUACUGUGUCGCCCAGAAGCAGAAGUGUGGAAUCAAGCAAUUUGCUUUCCAGCUGUUCCAGCACAUUCCGUUUUUGCAACCGCAUCUCAGUUAUGUGGAAACUAUUCUCGAAGACUGGAAGCAAUACAAAUUAUCGGUACCCACCUACGGUGCGAUAAUGCUCUCCGAGGACCUCAAACAUGUCCUUCUGGUACAGUCGUUCUGGGCCAAGUCUUCCUGGGGAUUCCCGAAGGGGAAAAUUAACGAAAACGAAGAACCGAUUCACUGCGCCAUCCGCGAGGUAUAUGAAGAAACCGGAUACGACAUCAAGAACCAACUAGUUCCAACGGAAUUCAUCGAAUUGGUCAUUAACUAUCAGUACACGAAACUGUAUCUGAUCCGAGGUGUUCCUAUUUCAACGGUAUUCGCUCCGCGAACACGAAAUGAAAUAAAAUGCUGCGAAUGGUUCCCCAUCGAUCUACUGCCGGUCACCAAAAAUGACAAUUUCGUUAAAGAUAAUUUGAGCAUGAAUGGAAAUUCAUUUUUCAUGAUACUGCCUUUCGUGAAGCGGCUAAAGAAGUGGUUGGAGAAAGUUCAAAAAGCGAAACCAAAGGGGUCUUUGCUGGCAGCCGGUUGUUCCCCUGUGUUCGGUUCAGCCGGUAAACAGAACAACAAAUUCUUUGACAGUAAGACCGGAAAUACGGGCCAUCAAUCGGGAAACAACCGCCAGCGUCAGCGACACAAAUCGAUGGGCGACAUCGAACAACAGCGAUCGAAGUCGAAUGGAUCUCAGGCUCUGGUCCCUGUGGAGCAGUCGAACAAAUAUCCAACAAAGAUGACUGCCAGUGAACAAAUUAACCAACAGCCAGAAACCAAUUCUGCAUCCGGGAAAAAGUUUGCCAAGAAGCAAUCCAAUCCGCACAAUGAUAGUAUGAUUUCAGUUCAAUCGUCAUCUGGAGGCCGAGUGCAGACGAAACGUAAGCUGUUUGAUUCAGUAGCGGAGGAUCAGGCGAAAGCUGUAGAUAGUGGCGAUCCUUUGGCAAUGUUUGACGUAUGCCAAGCUUGGGCUAAUUUUAAGUUUGACUACAGUAAAUUUAUGUAACUUGUGUAUAUCAAGUAUGUUGUGAUCUAGUCUAAGAUACUAGGAUGCGAUCAGUUAUUGUACGGCAUUGUAUUUGUUUAUUUUAUAAUUACAUUAACGAUAUGACCAUUCUUUGAUCUCUGGACA